GGAUAUAUAUCUGCAACUUGAAAAUGAACUCCAAAGGGAAAUGGAACAUUUAAGACUUAUACUGGGUCAUAUUGAUAACCAAAAAACAAAAUUGAAAACUGAGGAAACCGUUUUACUCGCAAUGCUUGGUGAUAGCGGUGACACAACUUCCCAUGAAACGUCAACGUCCUUAUGUUUUACUGAUCUAAACAUGGAAUCUGAGUUUAAUUUGACCCCAGAAGUGCCUGGAUUCUCUUCAUUGGAGCUGCCAAAUAUUGGAUCAUCUGACUUACCUGAUCUACAAGGAAAACACAUGAACCUCAAAUCAAUAGAUUUAGAUAUUGCUAAUGCAUUGUCUAUCUUAGAAAAUAUGUCUGAUUGUGAGGCGGAAGAUAUUGAACAGAUCGCACAGUCACCACAAUCAGUAGAAGUAUCUUGGAAAGAUCCGAUACAGCAAUCAUCUACAUAUGAUAGUGAUGAAGAUCAUGAGAUUGGUUAG